CUGCUAGUAUGGUCUGAAGGGAGAGGCUGACAGCAGAGCAAAAACAACAAACCAAAUCAACUCGUUUUCUGUACAUUUUAAAACAGAAAUCAUUACAACCAUGGAAUUGUGUGAGAUACUGUACAACAAGGCGGAAUACAUUGAAACGGCGUCUGGUAACAAAGUGAGCAGGCAGUCGGUGCUGUGCGGCAGUCAGAACAUCGUCCUCAACGGCAAAACUAUAGUAAUGAAUGACUGUAUAAUCCGUGGAGACCUGGCCAAUGUCAGGGUGGGGAGGCACUGUGUUGUGAAGAGCCGAAGUGUCAUUCUCGCUCCCUCCCUCCCUGUCUCCUCCAGACUAUAGUAAUGAAUGACUGUAUAAUCCGUGGAGACCUGGCCAAUGUCAGGGUGGGGAGGCACUGUGUUGUGAAGAGCCGGAGUGUCAUUCGGCCGCCGUUCAAAAAAUUCAGCAAAGGAGUGGCCUUCUUUCCACUGCACAUCGGAGACCAUGUGUUUAUAGAGGAGGACUGUGUGGUGAACGCUGCUCAGAUCGGAUCUUACGUUCACAUCGGGAAGAACUGUGUCAUCGGUCGACGGUGUGUGUUGAAGGAUUGCUGUAAGAUCCUAGACAACACAGUUCUUCCUCCUGAGACCGUGGUUCCUCCCUUCACCGUGUUCUCAGGAUGCCCAGGUCAGAACACACCUCCUCCUCCUCUACCUCCUCCUCUACAUCCUCCUCUACAUCCUCCUCCUCUACCACCUCCUCCUCCUCUACCCCCUCUACAUCCUCGAGAGCUCCCAGAAUGCACCCAGGACCUGAUGAUUGAUGUGACCAAGAGUUACUACCAGAAAUUCCUCUCUCUCAGCCAGAUAUAA